AUGUUUAUCUUUCCGCCAAAUAAACAUAUUUUAACUUUUCCAUACUUAGUUCACUGGAACAUCCACUUAUUUUACCUCGACGCUGUCAAAAUAAGUAAGACGUGAAAAGAUCACUUGGUGCAUGACAGAUUCUUCGCGCUGAUCGCGGCCGCCUGAUUGUUUUAGUUAUUUUAGGUGUUUUAUUAUAGUAGGCAAUCAUGUACAGUAGAUAUAGUAUUUUCAGUAAAGUUUUAAACAAACAACUAUUCGCCGCUAAGGGACGUAGUGUACAUAUAGGGGAAGCCAGUGUUAUUCAGUCUCAAGUCGACGUGAACUCCUCGGAAUUCCAGGAAAAUGCAUCUCAGAUGAAAGUUUUAAUCGAUGAGUUAAAACAAAUUACCAAAAAUGUUUUGGCUGGAGGAGGUCCAAAAGCGAUCGAGCGGCAUACAUCCAAAGGUAAACUACUUGCUCGCAAUCGAAUAAACUUACUUCUUGAUAAAGGUUCUGCAUUCCUGGAGUUAAGUCCUUUGGCUGGGUAUGGACUUUAUGGUGAAGAAGUUGUCAAUUCGGGCGGCAUCGUGACCGGAAUCGGCAGGGUCCAUGGUGUAGAAUGUGUCGUUGUUGCAAAUGAUGCAACUGUCAAGGGUGGAUCAUACUAUCCGAUCACUGUGAAGAAACAUCUCCGUGCUCAGGAAAUAGCACAAGAAAACCGGUUACCUUGCAUAUAUUUGGUAGAUUCUGGUGGCGCUAAUCUGCCACGCCAAGAUGAAGUGUUUCCCGAUAAAAUGCACUUUGGUCGUAUUUUUUUCAAUCAAGCACGGAUGUCGUCGUUAGGUAUCCCGCAAAUCGCUGUUGUGAUGGGAAGUUGUACCGCUGGUGGAGCAUAUGUUCCGGCGAUGGCUGACGAAAGCAUUAUUGUGAAACAGCAAGGUACAAUUUUCCUAGCUGGUCCCCCACUAGUAAAAGCUGCAACCGGCGAAGAAGUUUCUGCGGAAGAUCUUGGCGGAGCUGAUCUCCAUUGUAAAACGUCGGGUGUUACGGAUCACUAUGCUGUUGAUGACGAGCAUGCCUUGUAUCUCGCAAGGCAAGCAGUAAAAAAUUUAAACUUUUCUUCGUCAAAUAAAUAUAAGGAGGACCUUUUGUCUACAUCGAAUACGACUCUUCACUUCCAUCAACUGGAGAAAGCCAAGGUUGAAGAACCGAAAUACGACCCUAAAGAAAUUUAUGGCAUUGUGGGUUCUACAUUGACGAAAAGUUUCGAUGUGAGGGAGGUAAUUGCCCGCAUCGUUGACGGAAGCGAAUUCAAUGAAUUCAAAAAAAUGUAUGGUGAAACAGUCGUAUGCGGAUUCGCUCGAUUGUAUGGAAAUUUGGUCGGCAUAAUCGGCAAUAAUGGUGUCUUAUUUUCAGAAAGCGCCUUAAAAAGCACGCAUUUUAUUCAGUUAUGCGCACAACGUAAAAUACCGUUAAUAUUUCUGCAAAAUAUUACAGGUUUCAUGGUAGGGCGUGAUGCAGAAGCCAAUGGUAUCGCAAAAAAUGGCGCUAAAAUGGUUACUGCUGUGGCAUGUGCUGAUGUACCUAAGUUCACCGUGAUCAUUGGAGGAUCCUAUGGAGCUGGAAAUUAUGGGAUGUGCGGUCGUGCUUAUUCGCCACGAUUUCUUUACAUGUGGCCUAAUUCACGCAUUUCUGUUAUGGGCGGUCUACAAGCGGCAAAUGUUUUGGAACAAAUAACAAUUGACCAAUACAAACGUGCUGGAAAAGAAUGGACAUCGGAACAAAGUGAAAAACUGAAAGCACCUAUUUUGAAGAAAUAUGAAGAGGAAGGCUCUCCUUACUAUAGUACGGCACGACUUUGGGAUGAUGGAAUUAUUGACCCGGCAAAGACUCGGCAGGUCCUUGGGCUUAGCCUUAUUGCUGCAUUAAAUAAUCCCGGACCACCAACGAAAUUUGGGGUAUUUCGUAUGUAAUAAAUGACAAAGCAUUUAUUUUGUUAACUAUUCCUUACUCAAAGUACCAGGUGAAACUUUGCAUUUAUUAAUUUUAAGUUGAAACUGUUAUUCAUUAUGCCAUAUAAUGAAAAGUAAUAUUUUUUGAUUACUUUUUUAUUAAUGUUUGUAGUUGACAAUAUAUAUCUUUAUGCUUUUUAA